AUGUUACCCAUAUGUUCUUUGGAGAAAAUCAUGCUUAUUAUUGUGCUGUGGGGUCUUUGCAGUUUGGCAUAUCUGGAAGGAUUACCACUCAGCAAGAGGUCAAUCAGUGAAGUUCAACUCAUGCACAAUGUUCGGGAGCACAAGGAGGUGUUAGAAAGGCAGGACUGGCUUCAGCUGAAGCUCAACAAUAUCCUCAUCCCCUCAAUAAAUGACUCCCAAAUGGAGCAAAAAGAGAAAACCAACGGCCCAUCUAUCAGACGUUUAAGAAAGGGGGAAGGUGCGGCGUGGAUCUUGACCUGA